UGCAUAUUGUAUAUUCGUAUACACCUCUGACUCUUCCCUUUUCAAACCCAAUUACGGUUGUUUGACAUUCGCCAAAGCGUUCACAUCCUCCCACGCAUUUCGUCAAACACCUUGACUAUAUACCCACGCCACACCCCAUCCAUCCAUCCUUCACACCACAACAUGAUCGAAAACAAGCUCCUCCACCACCGCAAGCGCCGCAAGACCGCCGCCGCCGACCAAAUGAAGACCAAAGGCCUCAGCGACAUCAUCACCUCCCUCAUCCUAUUCGACGAUCAGGAAAAGCACGAGGUAGACGAAUUGCAAGAAGAAAAGCUCCAAUUCGAGCAGAAUCACGCCAAAAAGCGCCGCGCCAUGGCCGAUUACUACUCCGAUCUGCAGUCUUCGCACGAGGACUCUACCCAGAUCGAAGCCGCCAGGCGCAGGAAGGCUAAGGCGGCGACAGCAUCUGCCGCCGCCUUAGCCAGUGCUGCUGCUGCAGAGCAGCAGCAGCACGAUGCUUCAGCAGAAAAAGCAACCGCACCGGGCCCACAGCGAAGGCUGUGGGUGAAAAACCGAUCCAAGGAUUGGUGGGAUCAAUGCAGCAGCCCUGAUUUCCCCGAUUCCGAGUUCAAGAAGGCUUUCCGGAUGGGGAAGAAGACUUUCGAUUUAAUCUGCAGUGAGCUGAGCUCCGUCGUUGCUAAGGAGAACACCAUGCUCCGCGACGCGGUGCCUGUGAGGCAGCGCGUCGCGGUCUGCAUAUGGAGGCUCGCCACGGGCGAGCCCCUCCGCCUGGUGUCGAAGAAAUUCGGCCUCGGGAUCUCCACCUGCCACAAGCUGGUGCUGGAGGUCUGCGCCGCGAUCCGCAAUGUCCUAAUGCCGAAGUACCUCCGGUGGCCGGAGGAGGCCGAUUUAGUGAAAAUGAAACAGGAAUUCGAAUCCAUCUCCGCCAUCCCCAACGUGGUGGGGGCGAUGUACACGACGCACAUCCCGAUCAUCGCCCCCAAAAUCAGCGUGGCGGCCUAUUUCAACAGGCGCCACACGGAGCGGAACCAGAAGACUUCGUAUUCCAUCACCGUUCAAGGAGUGGUCGAUCACAGAGGCGUCUUCAGCGACGUCUGCAUCGGUUAUCCCGGCUCAAUGGCGGAUGAUCAGGUUUUAGAAAAAUCGACUCUGUUUCAGCGAGCGAACGCGGGGUUUUAUCAGGGGUCGUGGAUCGUGGGCGGGGCCGGGUACCCGCUGACAGACUGGGUGCUGGCGCCGUACACGCAGCAGAAUCUGACGUGGACGCAGCACGCGUUCAACGAGAAGAUAGGGGAGGUUAGUGGGGUGGCGAGGGGGGCGUUCGCGCGGCUCAAGGGGCGGUGGGGGUGCCUGCAGAAGAGGACGGAGGUGAAGCUGCAGGACUUGCCGGUGGUGCUGGGGGCGUGCUGCGUGCUGCAUAAUAUAUGCGAGAUGAGGGGGGACAGUUUGGAUCCCGAGCUUGAGUUCGAGCUCGUGGAUGAUGAGAUGGUGCCGGAGAUUGGAAUUAGGUCGGCUGCCGCGAUGAAGGCAAGGGACGCCAUCGCGCAUAAUUUAUUGCAUCAUAACCACGCUGGCACGUCCUUUCUAUCCUAGAAACUAGUACGUUGUUACGAACCAAACAGGAUAACUCAUUCCUAUUUGGUUUAUAUAUCUCGCAUCACUUGUUUCUUAGAAACAAGUGAUGUGGGAUAUUGAGUCACACACAUUGUUUCAUUUGUAGGGAUACACAAAAACACAUAGGAAAGAAUGUAACUUGUUUUUACUGUUAGUUGUUUAGGGAUCUUAUUGUUUCAUUCCAUUAUUAUAUCAAGUUCUUGUUUGCAUAGUA